AUGUCAACCCUCAAGAAAACUAGAUCAACAAAAGCAGAUCAAGCCAGAGAAUAUCUACGAUUAGUUCACUUGAAACAAAAAGAGUUGAAGAAAAAUAAAGAUUUGCAUGAAGAAUCCAAAAAAUCCAAUCAAAUGCAGAUUUUAGAUGACAAAAAUAAGCUAGAAGACAUUGAAAGGCUUCAAGAGGAGCUAGAAAGAUGCUCAAAAAAUCAAGAAAAAAACCAAAAAAUAAUUGGCUUAUUAAGGAAUGAGCUUUUGAAAUUUGAUUUAGAAACCAACCAUCACAACUAUGAAGAACAAAAAAUGCCGACUAGCACAAAGUCAGAUCAAGAGCCUAAAAGACUUGAUAUUGAAGCUACACACAAUUUAACAAAAUUAAGGCUUGAAAUAUCAGAGCUUAAAAACGAAAUUGCUAAACAAGAAACUGUUAUAAACCAAAAAGAAAAAAAACUUAUAAAAUUAGCUACUAUAAAUCGGCCUGUCUCUGCCAGGCUUGAAAGAGAAGCCGCAGCUAUGGACUCAACCCUAAAAAAUGUCCAAAAUCGAUUAAAGCUGCUCAAACACACCGAAAAUCUUGUCCAAACAAAUGACAUAGAAGGCUUAAAUGGUCUCCUUAAUACAAUAAAUGAAUUCAAGCCAGAAAAACCUGAACCUAUUUGCACAGUAGAUGAUGCAUGAACAAUAGCACCUUCUGAAGUCAGAGAAAAGCUAAAUGAAAAUUACAAAAUAAUGAAAAAAAAUAUUGAAAUCAUAAAUAGUUUAAAAAAAGAUUUAUCAGAAGGCAUUGAAUACGACACAGUUUUGCGGGCAAGAUUAAAUAAAUUACUAGAAGAAAAAAACAAAAAAUUCAAUAAAGAUCAAGAAAGCUCAUUAAAUGGAAUUUUAAACAGUUUGGGGAGCGGAUAUGAUGCUGAAAUUAAUAAAUUAAAACAAGAAAUCAUUGACCUCGACCAAACAUUAUCAUCAAAGUGGCUUAAAAAGAAAAAAGAAGUAAGCUUCGAGCCAGCGCAAAUAAGUGAUUAA